GCCUUUCCUAGAAGUGGUGCCUAGACUAACAGGAUCUAAACUACUCCCCCCUCUCUCUCUAGGGUAUUGUGCGUAGCUCUAGCUAUCCGCCCCGCCGUGUAGCAUUCAACUUGGACACACCCAUCACAAAGUUGCCACCCGAUCUGUUCCAAACAGUCUGUCAGCUCCUCAACAACUCGACAGGAAACAGGAACUGGAAAACUUUAGCAGGCGAGCUGGGCAAAGACGUGGAGUCCGUGGCCGUGUUAGACAGUGAUCGGGUCGCUAACCCUUCCGAGCAACUGCUGCGAGAGUGGGCGAUGCUGGACGGCAAGGUGACGGUCAGGGACUUGCUGGAGGUGCUCGCUAGACCUUCCCUCCAGCGGACGGAUAUCAUACAUACGCUGCGUGCUCAAAUGUCACCGGCGCAAACACUCACGUGAUUGUAGCGUUACAAAAUUGAAGCGCAUUUAAACUGUGAAAACAUGGAGAAUGACAUCUGUCUUAGAGAUCAGGCUCAAACGCCCUUCAGAUGCCAUGUCCUUCAUCCACAUAUCACGCUAUCGUAAGGCCUAAUGGGCUACCGCGGACUGAUCACUGUACAAUGCUCAAACUUAAAAGAAGAUUUGGAGCAACUAUGCAUCACUCUCGCUUCUGACAGUGGUUGGCAAUUAAUUCAAAACACAAAACCAAAGCAAAACAUACAGGUAACAGUUUCCAAUCCUCUUGACCGCCCUCUGUCAGGUCUUGGUUGUUGAGUUUGGACUUCCAUAAAAAUGAAAAGUCCGUUGCACUAUUUGAUCCUAACAAUAGAAUCUGCACAGUUUAUACAAUAUUAUCGAAAAUCAUUUACUUAUUAUAGUAUUUAAUUGAAGGUUCUAUUGCCAGGCGUGGAUUCAGGAUUUUUUGCUGGGUUGGUUGGGUUUUUUUUUUUGGGGGGGGGUUACAACGCGUUCUUGUCGCUCUUGGUGAAGCAGUGUUUUAUUCGUUUACUGUAUGUGCGUACAAAAUAAGACCAUUGUUAUACUUAAAACGGUCUAGUGGUCUCCUGCACUUUAAGCGGAGACCCUUCGAAAAAGGGAGAACGAAUGAUCCCAUCCCUUCUCAUUAUACAUUAUAGAACAAAGAAAAAAGGUUCCCUGGAUAAGGAUCUGUCUAUCAAACCAAGCUGUUUACACUCUGCCUUACUAUCAGAAUCAAUAAUCAGUGGUUAGGGGACAGAAAACACCCAAAACAAACCCAACCAAAACGUAAACAAAAAUUGGCGUCAUUUGGCGAGGCAUUAAUUUUUUUUUCGUUUAUUUUGCCAGUUGUGUUUGUUUUGUUUUGUCAUGGUCAGUGGGGAAACUGGGGAUAGAUGUAUUUUUUGGGCUGAAAAAUGACCUGAUGUUUUGUUCACCAUGAAGUAUUUAUAAAAAUUUGUUUAAAUGGUGCAGACUGUAAAUAUGUGAAUAACUGAUACUUUUUAUUGUUUAAUUAAAAAGGGUCACCGAAAUGUCAUUUAUCUUCUUCCCCGUCUGCCUAAUAAAAUGCUCGGACAGGUCUAGAGGGCGCUAUACUGAUUACCCAGCGCCACGUGCGCCACUGACAAAAAAUUCGUGUGGGCUAAGGUAUCGGUACUCGGUAGGAUGUUGAAAACGUUGACGGAGGCAGGGAGCCUUUUCUAGACUUCACGUGCAUGGCAAGUCGAGCCCUUGUUCCGUCAGCCGCAGACAGGAGUGGGUUGACAAUUACGGCAUACUCACCACUCAGCAACGCCAGCAUUUUUCUAGAUGGGCAGGAUAGGAGGUCAUUCAGCCCUAGUCGGGUGAGAGAUUUCAAGUGCUCCCUGGAAACAGAGAACUACAAGUCUGUGACAACAGUCCUAAUCUCAACUGAAGAUGCAAAUCUUUAUCCACCACGUCUCACAAUGACCUAUGACCCCCUGACAGAGGAUGGCAAUAUCACCCUUCAAAUGACAGUCAGAGAUGAUUGUAAUGGAAGUGACAAAUACAGGUGGUUUGAUGUGCUCAACAGUAAAGAAAAAAUUGGAAUGGAGGCAGAUGUCAUGCUUACGAGUGAGCAUUUUUACAACCGCUCAAGCAUCGUGCUAAGGCACUUUUUUAAGCAAUGCAAGGAAAAUGCCGGGUUCACCCAGGUUUUGGUAAGAGAGUGUCCAACAGGGAAAUGGAGCCCCAAAGAUGACUGCCAGAUGGAGUGUUCCAUUUGUCUGAAUGGGGGGAUGUGCCAUCCUGAGACAGGCCAGUGCAUCUGUCCGCCGGGAUUCAGUGGAUCACAGUGCCAAAAUGUGCAUGGUCAGAAUGUCUUUGGGCAGCAAGGCCAGUACAGCUGCAGCCUCUCCGAAGACCCUCACGAUGGCGGUUGCCAGGGCCAGCUCUUCUGUCUGCCCGAACCAUUUGGCUGCACCUGUGGAGCGGGCUACAAAGGCAUCAGUUGCUCAGAAGAAUGCGAGGAAGGAACUUACGGGGCCAACUGUGAGCAGCGGUGCCACUGUCAGAACAGCUCCACGUGCCGGCCCGACACUGGUGAAUGCGAUGGCUCUCCCUGCCAGGAGGGAUGGUCCGGGCAAAAUUGCCAAGAAAUGAAUCUGGUGAUAGCCCUGACGUUUGAUGCAGUCAACAUCAACCAGACGACGAACAUCACCUGCUCUGUACCGUACAUGUACCACUAUGCAGCUCCCCGCUGGAAUGAAUCAGACUUUCUCCUGUUGCUGCCCGACGGGACCGAAAAAGACGCUGAUUUUUUCAUCGAGGACGAGUCGUCAAACACUGUGGAGUACAUCUUCCGUGUCGUCGCCAAUUCCUUAUCGGCUGUGUACUCCUGCACUGGUGUUAGCGUAAAUGCCAGUGUAACUGUCAGUGUUACAGCCUUUGAGCCGCCGUGGCUUUCCACCCAACCGACUGUUUUCAACAGCUCAAGUAACACAAUCACACUCACCUGGGAGGCAUGGGGCACCCAGCCCAGCGAUAGGGGAGAGGGCCCCUUGGUCAAAUACAUCAUCACCUACUUGGAGCUGGGUGCAGACGGCACUGGGGAAGGCAACAUCACAGCCUUGGAGGCCCCGGAGGACGCUCGCUCCAUCGUGGUACAGGGUCUGCGGGAGGCAACCGGUUAUGAGUUCCGUGUGACUGCCGUCAGGCCCGGGGUGGGCGGGGCUGGCCCCCCUAGCCCGCCCACUGCAGGGAACACCACGUGUGCAGUUGCGGGGCCACCCACCAGUCUUGUCGUCCGACCCAUCAAUGCUAGCGCCCUCCGGCUGUCUUGGUCGCGGCCGGCCGGUACAGGGUGCCCUGUGAUCACGUACCGCAUCCGCUGUGAAUUAAGGAAAUGGACAGAAUGCCCGUCAACUGAAAAUAAAUUCAUUGGUUAUAAACAAACCAGGGACUAUUCCCUGGUAGUCGGUAGUUUACUGCCUUACAGACUGUACAGAUUUAAAGUGCGGAGUGAAACAGAUGCAGGAGUGUCAUCAGACAUGACGAACGGAAAAAACACCACAAGCCAAUCAGUCCCUGGACCUCCAGUGCUGUUGCAGAGUGAAUCCACAAACACCAGUCUUGACUUUGCAUGGACCGAACCCGACUGUGCCGACAGAAACGGCGUCAUUUUAGGUUAUCAUGUCCAGCUCCUUGAUCGCCAUGGCAACCCUUUAUUAGAAGGAGUCACUUCACCCUCUGAGACAAAUUUCACCUUCCAGAGUUUAGAUCCCUGCACGGAUUAUCAGUUCCACGUUCGAGGGUGGACAUCGGCUGGUAAUGGGAGCUUCAGCAACCUGCUGAAUGUAACAACAGCUGAAGGAGUUCCCGACAAGGUAGCAAGGCUGAACAUCUUCGCUGUCAACUCCACACAUCUUCAAGUCUCAUGGUUUCCCCCCCUACAAGCCCCUUGCCAGAUCCUGGGUUACUCUCUUUCCUACACCCUGGUGCAGCAAGGCCAGUGCGAGCCUGCGGAAAGCCCAGAAACCCUGACGGUGUCAGUCCUCAACUCACUGGUGGCCACUGUACCGGGCCUGUUGCCUUACUCCGAGUACGCAGUGGUCGUCAGAGCUAUGACUGCUGCCGGGGAUGGGGAGGGCUUUACCGGGAUCGGCCGAACGCUCGAAGGAGUUCCCGGCCAUCCUGUCUCCGUCACAGCCGAGACGACACCGCACUCUCUGACGUUCACCUGGGAUCCGCCAGUUUGUGCAGAGAGAAAUGGGCUGCUCACCAGCUAUCAUGCUUCAUUGUGGAGCGCAACUGGUACAACUGAAAAGAGACUAGUUUCUUCUGAGGCCCAAGUGCUGUUUGAGAACGUGCAAGCUUGUACAAACUAUUCCUUUGAAGUAGGUGCAGAAACAAGUGUCGGACCGGGCUUAUUGACUGAGCUACCCGUGACCACAGAUUCUGAAUUGCCUGAUGUAGUAACAGACGUCCAGAUUUAUUAUACAAGAAGAUCCCUUCAACUUGACUGGCAACCUCCGACAGGCACGCAGUGUGACAUACUCGGCUACAACCUCACUUACAAGCUCGUCAAGCACCUGGCGUGUGAUGGCAACAAGGAUUUUGAUGAGGAAUUGGUAACAACCGAAAAUCCUCAUUAUGUGGCAACGGACCUGUCACCUUACUCUCACUAUCUGGUGUCUGUGGCAGCAAUGACAUCGGCUGGCAUGGGAAAUUGGACUCAUGAAUAUGCAGAUACCUUGCAAGAGGAGCCAGGAAAGCCCAUCAACGUCAGCCUGGAGGAGGCAACGUCCAGGUCUCUCUCCUUCACCUGGGAACCUCCACCAUGUGACAAGAGGAACGGUCUCAUCAUAGGCUACAAGUACAAAUUUGUGGAGACGGAGGGGCGGAGUAGAAUUGAAGAGAAUGACACACUCCCUAACGUCACCAUGGUUUCAUUUGACCAACUUCUUCCAUGCACAAAAUACCACUUCAAAGUAAAGGCACAGACUUCCGUUGGUGGAAGUGGCUUCACUACAGCACUUUUUGACUUCACAGAGGAAGAAGUCCCAAAUGCAGUCAGUAAUGUCAGUGUAACAUCAGACAGCAAUUCUAUCUUGGUAACGUGGAAGCUGCCGACUGACACCAAUCCUUGUAUCACUGGGUACUUGAUCACUCACAAACUGGAGGGGCACCUGCCUUGCAGAGAAAAUGUUGUGAACAGCAUUGAGUUUAACACCACAGUUGGGAACUCCAGUAGCGAACACCUCAUUGAUAGGUUGUCUCCAGCUUCAAAUUACACUGUGACUAUAUCGGCACUCACCAUUUAUGGAGGCGGGGAACCAGUGAGUAGGGCCAUAGCAACUGAGGAAUCUGUUCCUGCACCCCCAGUCUCGGUGAGCCCAACAUUUACCACCUCCUCAAGCCUCGGUUUUACCUGGCAGCCGCCUGCAUGCAACGACAGCAAUGGCGUAAUUCAGGCAUAUCACUACCGACUUACCAACAUGCAGACCGGAGCUGUGAGAAACGAAACCACUGGAGCCACUGUCACCAUGGCAACCUUUGAAGGAUUGCCAGCUUGCACUGGCUACAGCUUUCAAGUCCGUGCUCAGACAUCCGCAGGGUAUGGCAUGUUCAGCCCAGCAUUGCCCAGCUCCACGAGGGGCCAAGCUCCAAAUGCUGUCAGAAACUUGGUAGCACGGCCGUUGGCAACAUCUUUGGAACUGACAUGGAUAGAACCAGAGAAUGCCUCCUGUGACAUCUCCCACUAUCUGAUUUCCUUCCAACUUGUCAGACACCUUCAGUGCCCACAGAAUGAAACUGGCACCCUGCUCAUCAAUGAAACAGUAAACGGCACAGAAACAAGAUAUGACAUACCUGCAUUGUCUCCAGCAUCCAAGUACCUUGUGUCCAUCAGAGCACAAACAGUUUCUGGGUUCGGUGAGGCAGAAAGUCUGGAAGUGAACACAUUGGAAGCAGCACCAGGAAAUCCCAUCAACGUCAGGGUCGAAGAGAGAAUGCCCAGGUCUCUCACCUUCAGCUGGGAGCCUCCGCCUUGCAACGAGAAGAACGGUGCCAUCUCAAAUUAUGUGUGCAAGCUUUUUAAGACUCCGAGUACCAGACGAAUUGAACAAGAGGAGUUGCUUCCCAAUGUUACUAUGGUGUCAUUUCACAAACUUCUUCCCUGCACUCAGUACCACUUCAAAGUAAAGGCCAAGACUUCAAAGGGCACCGGUACCUUCACCGAUGCACAUUUUGAAUACACAAAGGGAGAAGUCCCAAAUGCAGUCAGUGAAGUCAGUGUAACCUCAAACAGCAGUUCUGUCCGGGUAACAUGGACCCCCUCUGCUGACACCAAUCCUUGUGGUAUCACCGCAUACCUGAUCACUCACAAACUGGAGAGGCACCUGCCGUGCGGGGAAGAGGUUGACAGCAUUGAGUUUAACACCACAGUAGGAAACUCCAGUAGGGAAUACCGCAUUGAUGAUUUGUCGCCAGCUUCAAAUUACACGGUGACUGUGUCACCACUCAAUGUGUAUGGGCCCGGGGACCUAGUGAGUAGAGCCAUAGCGACCGACGAAUCUGUUCCUGGGCCAGUGUCAAACGUCUCAGUCACCUCAGUCGGUCAGUUCUCUGCCAGUAUCAGCUGGGGCGCCCCAUCGUGCGAAGACAGUAACGGCAGGAUCAUUCAAUAUGUAUGGCAGAUCAAGCUUGACGGGUCCAUUGAUGACACCCAGUCAUUGACAGGAACUACAACCGACACCUCGGUCAGGGUGUCCAAUUUAACCCCCUGCUCCACCUACACUGUCACCAUCCAGGCCGAGACAGGAGCCGGCGUGGGUCAUGGGAGCAGUUCAUCACCGUUUACAACAAUGCCAGCAGCACCUGGAAAAGUUGGACCUCCAGUGGUCAGCUCUAAAGCUUCCACCUUUGCUCGUGUUUCGUGGUCGUCUCCUGUUGCUUCUGACAACCCUUGUGCCGUUCAGCUGUACACAGUGAGAUAUUAUCUCAAGAAGCUCAGAGCUUGUCCGACAAAAGAGGUGGACGAGGGUUUGACAGUGAAUACCAGCAACACACAGCUAGACUUGACUCCUCUGCAGCCGUUCUCCGUCUACAGGCUGUCAUUGGCAGCACUGACUGAGGGAGGAUAUGGAGAGGUGUCUGACGAAUUGCGAUUUGACACAAAUUCUAGUGUUCCUGACCAGGUCACGGGUGUCCGAUUGGUCAAUUCCUCCAAGGACUUCCUUCAGUUUGCUUGGAACGAGCUAGAGUGUGAAGCACGACAUGACAAAAUCAAUGGCUACGAGUACGAGGUCAGGAGACCUGAGGAUAGCAGCGACGAUGAUAGUUUCAGCCGUGUUGGAGAAACACAAUUGUUUGCUUUAAUCAGCCACCUUGAUUCCUGCACAGAGUACCAGUUUCGAGUGCGCGCCGUCGGAAAGACAUCCCGCGGUUACUGGUCGAAAUGGGAAAUAGCAGUUACCAGCACAGCUUUGCCAGAGCAGGUGCAGAAUCUCACCCUGCGCCAUGGCGAUGACCCAGCGACCCAGAUCCAAGCGUCGUGGCAGCCAUCCCCGCUAGACGUCUGUACUGUCAGCACGUACCAGGUGGGGUACCUUGCUUGGUCCCUGGAGGAGUGUAGCCUCAACACCAGCAGUAACAAUUGGACGUUCAUCAGUGUAAAGACCCUGAGUGCUGUGUUGAGAGGGCUGCAGGCGUACUCGCAGCACAACGUCUCUGUGAGGGGAGAGACAGCCGCCGGACUUGGCCGAGAAGUCUUCGCUCUCCUGGAGACUUCGGAAGACGUUCCCACGGGUCCCCCGGAAAACAUCUCGACAAGCCUGAUUGGUACCCAGGAAAUCCGCUUUCACUGGAAACCUCCGCACUGCGGUCAACAGAAUGGCCUCAUCACUGGUUACAACUACACGCUCCUUGACGAGAGGAGCAACCAGACCAAGGCUAGCGGCCAUGUCUUGAUAACUGAGGUCCUGCUCAGCGGUCUGGUGCCCUAUGUGGAAUACCACUUCUAUGUACAAGCAAACACAGCAGUCGGCCCUGGCCCAGAUGGCCAUCUUUUCGUCAGAACAGAAGAAGGAGAACCACCCCCGCCAAGAAACUUCCGAGUUUCAAAUGCAGAGAGGACCUUUCUUGAGCUGGAAUGGAACCCUCCACAUCCACCCUCUGGAAUCAUAUCAGCCUAUCAGAUCCUGUAUUGGCCCAGUUCAUUGGAUGAGACAGCAGCAGUCACUAGGGGACCCUUAAUGGAUCCAACCAAUCCUGUACAUCGUUACACCAUCACAGAUCUUAAGCCAUAUACUGAAUAUGACAUCAAGAUUCGGGCAAAAACUGGGGCAGGACAUGGCGAGUUUAGCGAGACUAUCACUCAACGAACAGCCGAAGGGACUCCAGAGAUGCCAGCCAGGGUGAUGGUGUUAGAGCGGACCGCAGAUGCGAUCACUGUGGCUUGGGAGGAACCCGAAAACAUCAACGGCGUCUUGAAAGAAUACAAAAUCGAAUACAGAAUCGUCGACCAACCGUUCGAGCCCUCAUCUGGCGAUGCCCCAGGUUCUCAAGUGGUCCAGCAGAUCAUGGUAAACAAGGACAUUACUCGACACCAAAUAGGAAACCUGGAGAGUGCCACAGGGUAUGAAGUCAGAGUGGCAGCCAAGACGGUGGAAUUUGGAGACGAUGCCACGCUGCCGUCUGUUUACACCUUGAUUCCAGCCAUCAACUCGCCUGAACGAACCGAACCUCCGACCGUCGGAGACGAUAACACAGUCACAUUACAACUGAAACCAAUUGAUUCCAAAUAUAUCAGUGUGUAUCAAGUCACAGUCGCUAAGUUGCAGGCCAGCCGUAAGCGCAGUGCGGAGAGCCCAGGUAAUUACAGGGACUCCCCCAAUAACUACGUCGCAGCGGAGUUUGACAAGACCGCCCUCCCGGACACGUUUAGAGUUGGCGACAACAGAACCUACGGCAGGUACUUCAACGCGGCGCUGCAGCCGGACACCCAGUAUAACAUCCAGUUCUGCGGCGUCGGCAGAACUAAACAGGAUACUCGGACUGGUUGCAGUGACCCGAUGGCCGUCACAACAAACCCCGUGGGCUCUUUUCCGAUGAGUUCGAUCCUGGGUGCUAUCAUCGCUGUCCUGGUCGUGGUAGCUUUGGUGGUUGCUGCCGUGGUAGUCAUCCGCAAAAGGCGAAAUUCUGCAAAGUCAGCCCCUGGAACUAAUGGAAUGGUCCUCUCUGACAUGGAGAAAGCCGAGUCGCGCUCCAACGGGCUCCAGAACCAAGCGGUGGCAGAAGAGAUCGUCCGCUCGCAACUGAGGCGCUCGGGUGGCGUCAAGGGCCAGUCGACCACGCCCGCCCCCAAGCCAGUGCAGGGAGCCCUGCCCAGGAAGGCCUGGAAGCCCCACAAAGCGGUCGGCUUGCAGGACCUGCCCCAGUACGUCAAAAGGAAGAAAGCCAACAGCAACAAGGGCUUCGUCAGAGACUACGCGAGCUUCCCUGAUGAGGAGCUGUAUUCCUGCAAUGUUGCCCAGAGAGAUGUCAACAAAAACAAGAACAGAUACGCCAAUAUCAUUCCGUACGACUACUCACGAGUGGUCCUAGAUCCAAUCAACGACGAUCCAGACACAGACUACAUCAACGCUUCCUAUGUUGACGGUUACCGAAAGAAGAACGCAUACAUCGCAACACAAGGUCACAAUAAAUAUUCUACCCCUGAUUUUUGGCGGAUGGUAUGGCAACAGGAAGUGGCCAUCAUUGUCAUGCUGACUAACCUCGUCGAAAAUGCAAAGAAAAAAUGUGCCCAGUACUGGCCCGACAACCAGUUGGACUACAACAGCAUCAUAGUCAAGAAAGUCAAGGAGAGAGUUGAGCAAGACUUCACUGAGAGAGUCUUCGUCAUCUCAAACUUUGAUAUUGAGGAAGACAUACCGCGAGAGGUCAGGCAGUUCCACUACACUUCCUGGCCAGACAUGGGCCUACCAGAUUCCCCCGCACCCCUGAUGAACUUCAUCCACGAAGUCAAGCAGAUGGAGGAGAACAACAUGGGACCAAUGGUAGUCCACUGCAGUGCCGGUGUGGGUCGUACAGGGACCUUUAUCACCGUGGACGCAAUGCUGAACAUGGUGGCCGAGGAGAAACAGAUCAACGUCAUUGAUUUCGUCUACGAGAUGAGAAAGAAGAGACCCAAAAUGGUGCAGACACAGGACCAGUACAUGUUCAUCUUUGAGGUGUUGUUGGAGACACUGCUAUGUGGAGACACGGUGAUGAGUCUCUCCACCUUCCCUGUUCAGUACGCAGCGCUGCGGGACAGCAACCCGCUCACCAGUAACUCCUACGUGCAGGAACACUUGCGUGUCUUGGACACGAUGUCUGUAGCUCCGAGCGAGGACAACUGCUAUGGCGGGAGGAACGAGCUGAACCAGGACAAGAACCGGUUCCACGACUGCAUCCCUCUUGACAAGAGUCGGCCCUACCUCAUGUCACCAGGAGAGGGAGGCAGUACAAACUACAUCAACGCGUCGUUCAUUGAUGCAUACAAACGGAAAGACGGCUUCUUGGCCACCCAGAGCCCUUUGCCAAACACGGUGGUGGACUUCUGGAGAAUGGUCUACGAUUACAACGCACGGGUUAUCGUCAUGUUGAAUCAGAUAGAUGGGUCUGACGAGACAUGCGCGCCAUACUGGAUUGAUGAUCCAGAAGAAACGGCCGAGUUGGGCGUCUUCGAGGUCCAACUCCGCGACUGCAAGGACUUCAAGCACACCAUAGCCAGGACGUUCAAACUAAAGAACACCACCAAGGCGUCAGAGAAGCCUCGCACCAUCCACCACUUUGAGUUCCUGCAGUGGAGUCCCGAGGAGGAGACGCCGGCCUCCAUUGUCCCAUUCCUCUGCUUCAUGGAGCUGGUCCAGCAAAGCCACUGUCAGACUGGAGGGGACGCACGCAUCGCUGUCCACUGCCUUGAUGGUGUUAGUCGAAGCGGUAUUUUCUGCACAGCGAUGGCAUCGUUGGAGAAACUGAAAGAGGAGAAAGUUGUGGAUGUUUUCCACGCUGUCAGGAAUCUGCGACGGAGUCGGCACAACAUGGUUGAAAGCCAGGACCAGUACCUGUUCUGUUAUGAAGUCCUCAAUACGUACUUGGAGGAGAACCAGACCUAUGCCAACUUCAGAUAGACAGUAGACAAACUGACGCCGACUUCAAGCAUUAUCCAUGAGUGCGCAGCGACUGGUUCCCGAGACCCACAUAUGCCCUGAGGAAUGGCCAUGGGCGGGCUACCAGCCAAACGACACCAGCUCGGAAUUGCAGUGGAUGUUAUUGCAUCGCCCGGCAAGAUCAAACGCAAUGUUUGCAGUCCAGACUCAUUGGGACUUUUUGACACAUUAGUAUGGUCGGUAUAAUGUGCUACUGAAUGCUUCCAAAUUUUGGUUCUGGUAAACAGGAUCCUGUGAACACAGAAAUUUGUUAAGCAAUAACUCAAAAAGUUUAUUUUUAUCAUUUGUGUGUCUGUGAGUAUCUGAAAGAGCAAAUGCACCAAUUUAAGAGUGCAUCAAUUUUCAAAUAGUCCAACUUGAUUUGUGUGGCUCUCCUGCCAGUAAUCUGUAGAAAGGAUGUAGAAAUUGUCGUGCCAAAUGUGUACAUAAAUAGACACUUUGUGUUUCGUCUUUGAAAUAAUUGUAUAUUGUAUCACUUCGCUUAUUUCAAACUUCACUCUCUUACUGAAAACAUGUUUUGCUGAUAUUUGUAUGUAUGUGUUUAUACCUUUUAUCGGAUUUCAUGUCAUUUGUAAGAGAUGUAAUAUGUUUUUUUGAUGUGCCAUCUUAGCUGAGGUAUUUUUCUGGAUUGACAUAUAGUAGUUUUUUAAAUGGAAAAAUGUCUUUUUAAGUUUGGUUAAUGAAGAAUUCCAAUGAUUGAAUCAAGUUAACCUCUUAAAGUUUCUUUUGUAAUUGUUAUGGCACAGAUAGUGUUAGAUUUUUUUCUUCUGCAGAGACUGAUGUGCAACUUUUCAAAAGCAAUGUUUACUUGUUGUUUACUCUAAGAUUUGUUUAUGUCUUUCCCGCAAUUCUUUUUUCAAUGGUUUACAGAGAUGACGGUUAGUGAUGAAUGUAAUAUUUAUGCAGUACGUUGUAUAUUAGUCAAGCAACGAUAUAUUUAAUUUAGAACA